UUCAGCUUUUUCUCCAGCAUCCAUAAUUACUACAAGGAGAGCACAGACCCAAGCAGCAGCCCUGGCUGAAGAUGUGGGAUGCCCUUCAUCCACCAGUGAGGAAAUUGUAGCCUGCCUUCGCCAGUUGCCUGCUCGUGUCCUCAAUGAUGCUCAAACUAAGCUGCUAGCUAUCAGUGGCCCAUUCCAAUACUGGGGUCCAGUGAUGGAUGGAAUUUACCUCCAGGAACCUUUGGCUAAAGCCCUGCAGCGCCCUCAGCUUCAGAAAGUAGAUCUGCUCAUUGGAAGUGCUCAGCAAGAUGGUCUCAUCAGCAGAGCCAAGGCAAUUAAGAAAUUUGAAGAAAGUCAAGGAAGAGCCAACAGCAAGACAGCCUUUUAUCAGGCUCUGCAAAAUUCUCUAGGAGGAGAAGAGUCCAAUUCAUUCAUUGAAGAUGCAGCUACAUGGUAUUACUCCCUGGAACACUCAACUGAUGAUUAUUCAUCCUUUUCCAGGGCGUUGGAAAACGCCACCCGUGACCAGUUUAUCACAUGUCCCAUCAUAAACAUGGCGAGUCACUGGGCUGCCUCUCGAGGAAAUGUCUUCAUGUACCACGUACCUGAGAGCUCCUCACAGAGCAGCUCAGGUCAGGAGUUCCUGCUGGAUGUUCAAUAUGCAUUUGGUCUACCCUUUUACCCAAAGUAUGAAGCACAAUUUACUGAGGAAGAAAAGAGCCUUUCCUUGCAAAUUAUGCAGUAUAUCUCCAAUUUCAUAAACUCUGGAAAUCCAAACUACCCCCACAGUUUCUCGAGAAGAAUGUUGGGGGUGAAGCCUGCCUGGCCUAUGUAUCUGUCAAGUGAUGGUGGCGAUAACUACAAGGAAUUCACAGUUUCUUUGCCGAAUCUUAAAGGACUGAAAAAAGCAGACUGUUCCUUUUGGUCUGAUUAUAUCAGAAGGCUGAAAGCAUCCACAGGAAGUGGAAGUGGUGAAGAACCUUCUGCAGAAAACAGCUCUGGUGAAACUCCAAGUGAGAGCCAGCCCCUGAGGGAUGAGGUGGCUUACAGCAGAUAGGCAAUCACAGGGCUGGGGGGUGGCUUUGUUACAAUCCACACAUCUCACACCAGAUGAACAAUUCCUUUUGUUAACUUUCUCAAUAAGUAAAGUAGAUCUUUCAAUAGAGUAAUUUUCAAGAAAGUUGUAUUAAUUUGGCACAAAAUAAUCACUAUAGUUAUUGUUUAAAGUCAAAAGAAAAUGUAAUUUGAAACAAAAAUAAAAUAUCAAUAAAAAC